AUGAAGCAUUUUUAUCAACCCGGAUUAACUUUACUCGCUGCUGGAUUAAUGAAACCUUCUCAAUUAAUAAGAAAUGAAUAUAAAUUAAUCCCGGAGGGAGUGGAUUGGGUUAAAAAUGCAGUUAGAUCGUUCUCUCCAGCAGAGAAUCGUUUAACAUUAAAUGAAGGAGAUAUGCAGUUAACUUAUGAUUAUAUGGUGAUAGCGACUGGAUUAGAGUUGAGAUAUGACUUGAUCGAGGGAUUACCUCAUGGACAAAAAUCAGUAUUAGAAGCACCAGGCAUUUGUUCAAUUUAUUUUCCCGAUGGAGCAAUAAAAACACUGGCAGAAAUAAAAACAUUUUCAAAAGGACAGAAUGCAAUAUUCAGUUUUCCAAAUACCCCAAUAAAGUGUGGAGGGGCACCACAAAAAAUUUGUUAUUUGGCAGAAGAUAUAUUUAGAGAAAGAGGAGUUCGGGAAGGUAGUAGAGUGAUUUACUGCACUUCUUUGGGAGCAGUUUUUGGUGUUCCAAAAUAUUCAAAUGCUCUAAUGUCAGUUAUAAAAGAUAGAGGGAUAGAAUUGUUUACACGCUUAAACCUGGCUAAAGUAGAAGUAGAUAAAAGGAUUGCUACAUUUCAAACAUUAGACGAGAAUGGACAAGUAAUUAAAGGGAAGGAUGUAGAAUUUAAGUAUAAUCUCUUACAUAUUGGAGCUCCCUGUUCACCCGUUAGUGAAUUACGGAACCAUGCCCAACAAAAAGAAAAUAAUUUGACAGAUGCACAAGGAUUUGUUAAAGUUGAUCCAAAAACCCUACAAUCACCCACAUAUAAAAACAUCUUUGCAAUUGGGGACUGUGCAAAUACUCCAAAUGCAAAGACAGCGGCUGCCGUAUCAAGCCAAUUAAAAACACUUUUCCCAAAUUUACUCUCAGCGAUGGAAGGAAAUAAUUUAACAAAAUUUUAUGAUGGAUAUUCUUCCUGUCCUUUACUAGUAGACAGAAAACGUGUUAUUUUGGCAGAGUUUACACCUAAUGGUCCUCUUGAAACAUUUCCUUUUGAUCAGAGCAAACCAAGAAGGUAA